AUGGAAAAUCCGAUAAGGUUUUCGAGCUGCCGGGGAGUCUCUUUCGAGAUCCAUCACAACCAAAUCAGCCCAUUUGCAGUCCCAGCCCCGCCAGUGCCAGAGCGAGAUGGAAGGUGGGUUUGGUUUCCAUGGAACUCGGGGAGGAGCUCUUUCCGAGUAUUUCCGACAUCAGAUGCAAUUCAACGUUCCCUAAGUCAACAAAGUAGCCAUUUCUGUGAUCUCACCGAUGAUGAAGAUGAUGACGAAGAUAACCACAUAGCAGAAGAAGAAAAAGAAAACGACAUCGAGAAACAGAAGCCUAAACAAGACCAAGAUUAUCUAAAACAGCCCAGCAAGAAAGAAAUCUCUGCUGUCAAAGCAAAACCACCGACAGAAUCAAGGCUGUCUGUGAUACUCCUAGACCAAGGCCUGUUUACAGUCUACAAGCGGCUCUUCGUCAUCUGCCUAACGCUGAAUAUACUAGGCCUGGUUCUUGCCGCCACAGGGCAUUUCCCCUACGCGAGGCGGAAGGCAGCCCUCUUCUCUAUAGGGAACAUACUCGCCCUCACGCUCUGCAGGAGCGAGGCCUUCCUCCGCCUCGUCUUCUGGCUGGCCGUCAAGGCGCUGGGCCGGAGCUGGGUCCCACUCCGUCUCAAGACCAUGACCACUUCAUUCCUCCAAUGCCUUGGUGGGAUCCACAGUGGCUGCGGGGUCUCUUCAGUUGCAUGGUUGAUAUACGCUCUCGUCCUCACACUCAAAGAUAGAGAAAAUACGUCGGAUGAGAUUGUAGCUGUUGCAUCGGCAAUCCUAUCUCUACUCUGCCUAUCUUCCUUGGCUGCAUUUCCUCUCGUCCGCCACCUUCACCACAAUGUCUUCGAGCGGACCCACCGCUUCGCCGGGUGGACCGCGCUUGCGUUACUGUGGUUCUUCAUCAUCCUCACCGUCUCCUACGAUCCAAUCUCCAAGUCCUAUGACAUCCGUGGCUCUCGGCUUAUAAAAGAAGAAGAAUUCUGGUUCACUUCAGCCAUCACUCUUCUAAUAAUCCUACCUUGGCUAAUGGUUAGACGGGUCCCAGUCACUGUCACUGCCCCAUCAGGCCAUGCCUCUCUGAUCAAGUUCAAUGGAGGCAUACCGGCCGGAAUACUGGGCAGGAUCAGCCCUUCUCCCUUAUCGGAAUGGCAUGCAUUUGGUAUCAUUUCGGAUGGAAAGAAAGACCACUUGAUGCUUGCUGGUGCAGUCGGAGACUUCACAAAGUCCCUUAUCGCCGACCCACCUAAGCAUUUAUGGGUCCGGUCAUUGCACUUCGCUGGCCUUCCUUAUCUUGUGAACAUGUACCAAAGGGUGGUAUUGGUUGCAACAGGGUCCGGCAUCUGUGUCUUUCUCUCCUUCCUCUUACAACCAUGUGCGGCUGAUGUGUGCCUGGUCUGGGUGGCGAAAGGGGUCGAACAGAACUUUGGGAAGGAAAUCAAGGAGAUGGUGAGCGGGUUUCCGAAAGAGAAGGUGAUCAUCCACGACACGGCAGUCUCCGGCAGGCCGAACGUGGCAGAGAUGAGCAUCGACGCAGCAAAGAGGUGGAAAGCGGAGGUUGUAAUCGUCACCAGCAAUCCACAAGGGAGUAGGGACGUCGUGAAUGCAUGCAAAGGCGCUGGAAUAGCUGCCUUUGGGCCCAUUUGGGAUUCUUAAUUAAUUGUAUAUGGAUCGGUUUGCUGAUUCCACAUUCGCGUAGAUCUGUACACAUCAACAAGUGGGCACACGUGCAACUAUGAAACACGUGCGUGAGGUUUGAGCUUUCCU